CCCCUUACAUGAUGGGGGGUGCGUGGGUGGGAUGGGGGGCCGUCCCCUCCCCUCCCCGGUAAAUACCCCGAUGCAGACGUACCUACUACCUCUGUUGUAGAGACACAAUCCAAUCAGUCAUCGAGGACUCCAGAGCGCAUGCGCACCGCCGCGCCAGCGCCACCACCUGGAGCCCCGCGUGACGUAAAUGAAAGAAAAUCUCCCGACACAAGUGGAUUAGUGGGAGUUGGGAGGGGACGGGCAUCAGGUCGGUCCCGCGCGCGCUUCUGCCUGUUUCCAGCCGCGUGGACGGUGAAGGUGAGAGCGGUCCGCCAGCUGUCAGAACUUCAGAAGAAGAGGAAGAAGAAGAGGAGGAGGAGGAGGAGGACAUGGACAGAAGGAAGCCCCAAAGAAAGUGAAGCUUCCAGCCAGGAGCCGCGCAGAGCAGCGGGAUGGGGAUGGACCUCAGCGCCCUGCGGAGCCUCAUCAGCCGCAUCAACCGAUACUGUGCUGGUGAGGAGAACUAUGUGGACAGCAGGACGGUCUACAUCGGACACAAGGAGCCUCCCCCCGGAGCCGAUGCCUUCAUUCAGCAAAGAUUUCCCGACAACAGAAUAGUUUCCUGCAAGUACACGUUUUGGAACUUCAUCCCCAAGAACAUGUUCGAGCAGUUCCGGCGAGUCGCCAACUUUUACUUCCUCAUCAUUUUCCUGGUUCAGUUAAUUAUCGACACACCCACAAGUCCAGUCACGAGCGGCCUGCCUCUGUUCUUUGUCAUCAUAGUCACAGCAAUCAAACAGGGGUACGAGGACUGGCUGAGGCACAAAGCAGACAAAGCUGUCAAUCAGUGUCUGGUCACCGUGGUCCAGCGCGGGAAGAAGAUCAGCAAAGAGAGCUGCAGACUCACGGUUGGCGAUGUGGUCUAUGUGAAAGAAGAUGAGACUUUUCCCUGCGACCUCAUCCUCCUCUCUUCAUCGAGAGAUGAUGGGACGUGCUUCGUUACCACAGCCAGCUUGGAUGGAGAGAGCAGCCACAAGACCUAUUACGCUGUCCAGGACACCAAAGCCUUCACCACCGAGGAGGAGGUCGACUCCAUCCACGCCACCAUCGAAUGUGAACAACCACAGCCAGACCUGUACAAAUUUGUCGGCCGCAUCAACAUCUAUAUGGACAACGAGUCAGUUGCUAGGCCGCUGGGGUCGGAGAACGUUCUGCUCCGAGGAGCCACACUCAAAAAUACCAAGUACAUCUAUGCCGUUGCCAUCUACACGGGAAUGGAAACCAAGAUGGCUCUCAACUACCAGUCCAAGUCUCAAAAACGAUCCGCCGUGGAAAAGUCAAUGAACUCCUACCUGGUGGUUUACCUGUGCAUCCUCAUCAGCAAAGCUCUCAUCAACACGGUGCUGAAGUACAUCUGGCAGGCUGACCCCAACAGAGACGAGCCCUGGUAUAACGAGAGGACGGAGACGGAGAGGCAAAGACACAUUGUGAUCAGGGCCUUCACGGACUUCCUGGCCUUCAUGGUUCUGUUCAACUACAUCAUUCCCGUCUCCAUGUACGUCACGGUGGAGAUGCAGAAGUUCCUGGGCUCCUACUUUAUCAUGUGGGACGACGACAUGCACGAGAAGGAGCUGGACGAGAAGGCCGUGGUCAACACGUCUGACCUGAACGAGGAGCUGGGACAGGUGGAGUACGUCUUCACCGACAAGACGGGGACUCUGACGGAGAACAACAUGGAGUUCAUAGAGUGCUGCGUGGACGGACAAAUCUACGACGCUGACGCCAUCUGUAACGGACAGGUGAUGUCUGGGGCAGCAGACAUAGACAUGAUCGACAUGUCUCCUGGACCGGGGGGCAGGGAGCGGAAGGAGCUGUUCUUCCGGGCCUUGUGCUUGUGCCACACGGUGCAGGUGAAGGAGGAGGAGACGGUGGACGGGAUCAAACAUGGCAUCCACCAGGGCAAGUCCUCCUCCUUCUACAUCUCCUCGUCACCGGAUGAAGUCGCUCUAGUGGAGGGCAUGAAGAAGCUCGGUUAUACCUAUCUGAGGCUCAAGGACGGUCACAUGGAGAUCUUGAACAAGGAGGAUGAGACUGAGAGGUUCGAACUGCUGGAGGUUUUGUCGUUCGACUCGGUCCGGAGGAGGAUGAGCGUCAUCGUCAGAGCCUGCUCCGCAACAGGACCAGGUGACAUCUACCUGUUCUGCAAGGGCGCCGACUCCUCCAUCCUACCCAGAGUCAUCUCAGGAAAGGUGGAUGAGGUGAAAGCUCGAGUGGAACACAACGCAGUGGAUGGACUGAGGACUCUGUGUGUGGCCUAUCGACCUCUGACCUCUGAGCAGUACCAGCAGGUCUGCAAGCUGCUAAACGACGCAAAGCUGGCGCUGCAGGACAGAGACAAGCGUCUGGCCGAGGCGUACGAGCUCGUGGAGAAGGACCUCAUCCUGCUGGGGGCCACUGCGGUGGAGGACAGACUGCAGGACAAAGCGGCAGACACCAUCGAGUCUCUCCACAAAGCAGGAAUGAAGGUGUGGGUUCUGACCGGAGACAAGAUGGAGACGGCGGCCGCCACCUGCUACGCCAGCAAGCUGUUUCGCCGCAGCACCCACAUCCUGGAGCUGACCACCAAACGGGUGGAGGAGCAGAACCUCCACGAUGUCCUGUUCGAACUGAGCAGGAUGGUCCUCCGGCCCCCUGGGAGCAUGGCGCGGGACAACUGCUCCAGCUUGUCGAGUGACUGCACCGACUACGGGCUGAUCAUCGAUGGAGCCACCCUCUCUGCAGUCAUGAGGCCCCCCCAGGAGGACUCCAACUCGGGGAGUUACAAAGAGAUCUUCCUGGAAAUCUGUCGUAACUGCAGCGCCGUGCUCUGCUGUCGAAUGGCGCCGCUUCAGAAAGCUCAGAUAGUGAAAAUGAUUAAAACGUCCAAAGAGCAUCCCAUCACGCUGGCCAUCGGAGACGGCGCCAACGAUGUCAGCAUGAUCCUGGAGGCCCACGUGGGCAUCGGCAUCAUGGGUAAGGAGGGGCGUCAGGCCGUGAGGAACAGCGACUACGCCAUCCCCAAGUUUAAACACCUGAAGAAGAUGCUGCUCGUCCACGGACAUUAUUACUACAUCCGCAUCUCGGAGCUGGUUCAGUACUUCUUCUACAAGAAUGUUUGCUUCAUCUUCCCACAGUUCCUCUACCAGUUCUUCUGCGGCUUCUCCCAGGAGCCGCUGUUCGACACCGCCUACCUGACGCUGUACAACAUCAGCUUCACGUCGCUGCCCAUCCUGGUGUACAGCCUGAUGGAGCAGCACAUCAACAUGGACAUCCUGAAGAAGGACCCCUCCCUCUAUAAAGAUGUUGCCAAGAACUCGUUGCUGAGAUGGCCCACCUUCAUAUACUGGACCGUUCUGGGGGUCUACGACGCCAUCGUCAUGUUUUUCGGCGUCUACUUCCUGUUCGAUAACACCACCUUCACCAGCAACGGACAGCGAAUGACAACCAACACACAGAUGAUGUUUGGGAACUGGACGUUUGGGACGCUGGUCUUCACCGUGCUGGUCUUCACCGUCACCUUCAAGCUGGUCCUGGACACGCAUUACUGGACGUGGAUCAACCACUUCGUCAUCUGGGGGUCGCUGGUGUUCUUCGUGCUCUUCUCUCUGCUGUGGGGUGGAAUCAUCUGGCCUUUCCUCAACUACCAGAGGAUGUAUUACGUCUUCAUGCAGAUGCUGUCCAGCGGCCCGGCCUGGCUCAGCAUCAUCCUCCUCAUCACUGCCAGCCUACUCCCCGACGUGGUGAAGAAGGUCAUCUGGAGGGCCCUGUGGCCCACCAUCACCGAGCGCAUACAGGACGCUGACAAACUCUACAAGGGCCAGCUGUCUGAGUUCACCCCCCUGGCGUCCCUCCAGGCCCCGCCCAAGGCUGCCGGCCGCCGGCGAGGCUCGGAGAACCAAAGGAACCCGCGAAGGUCUGCAGCUUUUAGCAAGAAACUCAUGUUCACCCGCUGGCAAAGAACGCCAGACUACUGCACCUUCACGCCGCUGCUCCGCCUGGUGGACGGCCAAUCGCAUAGCGCUUAUGGUGGGGCGGAACCUGAAACCUGCGUCUGACCUUUUUUUUAAAAAAAAAAACUCAACCAUUUGGAGCUAAUUGAAGCACAAAGCAUUGUGGGAAGCAUCCAGGUCUUCUUAAGGGCUCUGUGUGUGGAUGUCAAACCCUCGCCUUCACCUGUCGCGUCCUGCUCUCUGACCUGUCCUCUCCUGACUCCGCCUCUCCGCAGGACUAACUGGUGUUGCCUCUGCGCAAACCUGUUAUCCAGAAACACUCCGUAGGACGGAGCACGCCGCAGCGCUGUAAGGAGGCCCGGCAGGAAAGCCGGAACGCUUUAGAACCCAAUCCUAAAUCCCGGUCCAGAAGGUUCCGGCUUUCCUCACGUCUGUUGUGCUUGACGGGAUAGAAACACGUUUCUUUAGCCUCUACUGUAGAGCGGGAGCGUCAAACUCCAGACCCGGAGAGUCUUUGAAGCAGCAACCUAAAACCAAAAUCCAAACCUGCUGAAGCCCUUUGGGGGUUGCUGGAGCCUAUCCCUGUCACGGCAGCUUUACAAUCUGCUCAAACAUGUGACUUUGUCGUUGUCUCAGACUUCUGUGCUGCUUCAAAGACACUCCUCCAACCAGAGUGGCUUAGUUUCCCAUUAUUGCACCCCUGGUAAAAGCAGGUGAGACCGGGAUGGAGUCUGACCCCCCGCUGUAGCUCCUGAGUUCUCAGGAGAAGAUUACGAUGCUGCCUUAAAGCUUCCCUUGUGUGUGGAGUAGAUGAAGCAAACGCUGAGACGCUCCUGCUGAGACGGGGAGCGUCACGCCGCCUCAGUUUGACUUCACUCCUUUCUGAGGGAGUCGAGCUGCUUCACGUUUAGGUAUAAAAACAUAUAGAACCUAAGUUUUGUUUGAUAAACCAACUCUAAAGCAUCCCCAACAUGGUAACAGCCUCAUUUUUGAUUUGAAAACUUAUUUUUAACAAAUUAGGAGGAAAUAAUCAUAAAAUUUGAUGGAAAAAUGCAGCUAAACCAAAACCUUUAAGCUCCUUUUUCCUUCUUUAAAGACCCACUCUGAUCAUCAGCACACUCCCUGAGCUCUUAAACAUCAAGAAGCUGAUUUAGCCUAAAUUAGAAAAACGGCAGUGUUCUCUAGGACAUAGUUUCUGCAGAGCAGCAAAAAUGUGUUCGAAAUUCACCUCUGAGAUGUGGGCGGGACCCCCAUUCCCAUCUGUUUACAC